GACAUAAAAUUCGGGCAAUUCGGCAUAUGGCCCAUUGACACAUAAAACCCAGCAAAGGCAAUUUUCCUUUGCGGUUAGAGUCUCACCAAUGAACUGUACGCAGCGUGCCUUCCCAACGUUCACAUUCCCCGCUAACCAUUCUUCUCCCAAACGCCUAAUUUCCCCCAUUUUUACUCCCUUCAUCUCCCAAACGCUCCCAAAUCCCAGGCCCCUCAUUUUCCCGUACAAAGCCCUCAAACCAGCGAAGAAGAUAAGACUCCCAAGUAGAGCUUCCUUGAGCGAUAAUAGUGAAUCCUGGAAAUGGGUGAAGUGGUUGCCCACCGGAGCUCUCGCUGCCGAUAAGGUUCUGAGGCUGAUUGCGGGCGCAACCGCCAGCCCCAUUUACCAGUUUGUAUCGUCGCCCACCACUUUUCUUCAUUCCGUGGAUCCUCGAGUGAAACUGGUAUGGCUUUUGGCUUUGGUGGUUCUACCAGCAAGGUCACAUGUAAUAAUGCGUUUAGGACUUGUGAUAUACUUGACUUUUCUGUCAAUAUGGGUUCUCCCAAGACAGGUUUGGAUGGACCAAUUGGGAAGAGUGUAUCUGCUUUCAGGAAUUUUAUUUCUUAUGUUGGGGUUGGGUUCAGAUGGUGUACCGCCCCUUGUCCAGUUGAGAACCCCUCCACCUUCGAUGAUGGGAUUGCCUAAUCUUCCUGCUUCUUUGGGAGGUUAUUCAUAUUUAAUUAUGAAGUUGGGACCAUUUCAAUUUACAAGAAAAGGCUUGUCGGUAGCAAGCACUGCUGCGUGUUUAACAUUCACUGUCUUCCAAAGUGCAAGCCUUUGCCUGACAACCACUACCCCUGAACAACUUGCAUUUGGGUUGCGAUGGUUUAUGCUUCCUUUGACAUGUAUUGGUGUCCCAGUGGCUGAAAUUAUUCUUACCCUCAUGCUUUCAUUGAGGUUCGUCAGUCUAGUGUUCGAUGAGGUCCGUAAUGUUGCAUUGGGAAUUGUUUCUCGUAGGAUAAAUUGGCAGCAAUUGACGAUGAUGGAGACAAUCGAUAUUUUCUUUAUCUACCUGCGUCGGAUCUUCAAAAAUAUAUUUAGCCAUGCAGAGCAGAUUUCCCAGGCAAUGAUCAUCAGAGGGUUUAGAGGGGACAGCAACACGCAUAAAAUUCACUUUCUUUCAGGCUCGUCCAUUGGUAUGGCAGAUAUUGUUUCUUUGCUGUUCCUAGUUGGUGUUACAGGUGCUGCCCUUUUGUCUGAUUACUUCCUUGUGUGAUACUCACGCCCACUUGCUCUGGUAAGUUCUCUGGUAAGGGAGCUUCUCUCUGUUUCCGAGACUAAACAUCUAUUUGGACUCGUCCCCUUUUAUCUUUAGUGGGGAUGCAUGUUACUUUACAACUUGUAACUUUUGCAAUUUAUUAUUUUCAAAUUCACAAUUCAUACAGAGAAGCAUUUAGAGGUGCAUCCUAUUGACUAUUUAUCGCCAGUGCCUGCCAACCAAAUUGCAAGUUGUUUAUCUAAUAUAUAAGUUAAGAAGUCAUUUCUCAA